UGCCACUGUCACUGUCAAACUGAUUGUGGCGAAUGGUUUCACGAUAUUCUUCUUAAUUUAUUGUAACUAAAAAUCGCCAUAACUUGCUUUGGUAGUUUUUUAACCAACCGCUAUUAAUAUUAUAAACGAUGGCAAACUCAGGAAAAGGCACGUUUCAACCGGACUCAGAUGUUCACAUUUCUUUUGAAGAUCAGCAGAAAAUAAACAAAUUCGCUCGAUUAAAUGCCAAAGUAGAUGACUUCAAAGAAGAACUGAAAGUUAAACAGAACGAUAUGAAAAAUUUAGAAGAAGCUGUGGAAGAACUCAGUCUUGCAGAUGAUGCGGAUAAAAUACCUUACCUUAUUGGCGAAGUAUUUAUAUGUCAAGGACUCGAGGACACUUUGAAAUCAUUAGAAGAUGCAAAAACCCGGAAAGUAAAUGAAAUAAAUGAGCUUGAGGCUAAAUGUGAUGAGUUGAAAUCUCAAAUGGCUGAAUUAAAAGCCCACUUGUAUGGGAAAUUUGGCAGUCACAUCAAUUUGGAGAAUGAGGAAGAUUAAUAUUACUUGCUUUUUCUGCAUUCUAAUCUAAUAAAACAAAAACUGCACAUAAUACAAAUAUUUAAUAAGUCAGUAUUACCUUUUUGAAACAUAGUCCAGC